UCCAACUGGGGAACCUGUGGCUUCUGCGCGCGACCUGACGCCCAAGUCCAGAAAGUUGUGAAGUUUACUUGAUCUCUAUUUAUCACAACACAUCACAGCCCAUCACAUCAGGAGAAAGCUCGCAGCGAUGUCUAAAGAUCAGAAGGAGGCCAUGAAUAUAUAUUGUAUAACGCUCAACGGACCUGCUCCUUGGGGUUUCCGGCUUCAGGGAGGCAAGGACUUCAACAUGCCCCUGACUGUGUCCAGGCUGACCCCAGGGGGCAAGGCAGCACAGGCCGGAGUGGGUGUUGGAGAUUGGGUGGUGUCCAUCAGUGAUGCCAACGCAGAGGAGAUGACCCAUGUGGAAGCACAGAACAAGAUCAGAGCCGCAACCGACUCCCUUACUCUCACUCUGAGCAAAGCUUUUCAUCCUGCAGGAGGAGAGCAGAAGGAUUCACAUGCACCUGCAUCCAGUCAACCCAAGUAUUCGUUUGCACCCAGUACAAGCAUAAACAAGAUGGCACGGCCAUUCUCCGCAGCCCCUGGCAGUGCCAGCAAGGGGCCCGUCAUCAAGCCAGUGUCAUAUGCCCCCAAGCUUAACGCCAGCUCGCAGGUGUCGAACAGCACAUUGCAGCCUCACAAUGGUCACGGAGUAACUCCCUGUCCUGCCAAAUCCAAGCCAGCGGACAAACCUGAUGGAGUUCACGUGCCAGCCACAGUGCCAUCAAGUUCUGGUCCAGCCUGUCGGCCUCCAUGGGUGACGGAUCCUUGUUUUGCCGACCGCUACCACCCAGACAAGACAAGCACCGUGUUAACGCAGCAUAAGCAGCCAGUCCAGCCCACACCCAUGCAGAACCGCAGCUCCAUCAUGCAGGCAGCGCAGCAGAGCCCUGCAGACACCAGUGGCUGUACCCCACUCUGUGCCGCAUGCAACAAGAUCAUCAGGGGACGCUACGUGGUGGCACUCGGUCGUUCCUGGCACCCAGAGGAGUUCACUUGCUGUCAGUGUAAAAAGGUCUUGGACGAGGGGGGCUUCUUUGAAGAAAAAGGCUCCAUUUACUGCACCAAGUGCUACGACAGCCGUUAUUCACCCAACUGUGCCAAAUGCAAAAAGAAGAUAACUGGGGAGAUCAUGCAUGCCCUGAAAAUGACCUACCACGUCCAAUGCUUCCUGUGCGCCGCCUGCAAAAUGCCCAUCAGGAACCAGGCCUUCUACAUGGAGGAGGGAGAGCCAUACUGCGAGAGAGACUACGAAAAGAUGUUUGGUACCAAGUGCCAUGGCUGUGACUUCAAGAUUGAUGCAGGGGACCGUUUCCUUGAGGCGUUGGGCUACAGUUGGCAUGACACUUGCUUUGUCUGUGCUAUCUGUCAAAUUAAUCUGGAGGGGAAGACAUUCUAUUCAAAGAAGGACAAGCCACUCUGUAAAAGUCACGCCUUUACUCCAGUGUGAGGCUCCGACUCUUCUUCAGGGGAGAGAGGAAGCAAUGGAGACUGGGGGGGGGGGGGGGUGUCUACAUGCCAAACAAGACUAAGUACUAGACUUGAAGCCUAUAGCAUAUGGCUGACUGACAGAGUGAUGGAUAUAAUAGCUAUGCUGGCUUUCACUUCGAUCUGCAUUUACAAUGUGUGUGUCAUUCAGAAAAGCACGUAUCUGAAUUUUUGAUAAAAGGCAGAUUGGCCUCAGUUUUGCUGUGUUACAAUGCCAGUCAUUCAACUGAAAUGAGCAGCUUACAAACCACCACUGGCAGGUAUGGAUAACACCGUUUUUUUAGCUGUCCCUCCUUGACUCCUCCCCACCUCCAAGAGUACUAUACUUUCAGCAUUUAUGACAUUUCAUAAACGCCUGAAAUCCAGACCAUUGUACAUUCCUCUUACAUUCCACUACAAUUUUUUUUUUAUGUAGGCUACACUUAUUAGAGGUGAUUGGUUUGUUUCUGUAUUCCUGAAGAACUUGUCUUAGGGUCAUAUUCCCCCAGAAAAAAAAAAAAAAGAGAGAAAUAAGAAAAUAUAUUAUAAUUAAUUAUAUGCAAGUAAUUAGAAUAAAUUAUAUAAAAUUAAAUAAAUAUAUAAUUUUAAUUAAUGUACAGUUAUUAAGAUAUAAAUUAAUGAAUCAAUGUAUAAAUAAAUAAUUGCUCCAAAAAUGUUCAUUUGUGGACAGUUACAUUUUUAAAAUUAAGCACCCUAAAUUCUAAAAGCAUUUGAACAUCAUUGUAGUAUUUGCUGUUCUGACUUUUGAAAUUGAUAGCAAUUAAAAUAAAGCAAUUAUUGUAUUAAAAAAAGGAAUAAUAAUAGUAAUGAAAAUCUAAUUAGAAUCAGCAGUGAGUAUAAUGGGAAUAAAAAGAAGGCUUAAAACAUCCAGAUACAUUACAGUAAUGAGAAAAUGUAGCCCUAAAAUUGGUGUAAUUCUUGUUGUGCAAAUAUAUAUAUAUAUAUAUAUGUGUGUGACCUCGACCUGUUUUCUUAAGAUUCACCCAUCUCAUCUACACUUACAUGUGUAGUUAUAGUCCAACAUUCUUUCCUCUCCUCACAAAUAAGGACAAAGCAGUUUCCAUAUGACGAGUGAAGCAAUCUAGUUUUCUUCAGAUCCAUACAAUCUGUAUUGUAGGCUAAAGCAUUGAGCAUAUGAUCUACUCAGACAGGAUCUGAAAGUGGAUCCUCAAUCCUCUAGCUACUGUGCAGCCUACUUUCUGCUCUGCCUGAUUUGCUGUGCCAGGGUACUUAAGGUAAUGGCAAACCACAGAGGAAUAAAAUGCCCCUGGCAGCUGCACUGAAAUACAUUAGCACUGAUUGCAUGCAUUUCAUUCUGACCCAACCAAUGGUCUAUACAUGGCUUCAAUACUAAACAUGCCACAUUCAUCUACUCUAAUCAGCCAGGUAGUUCUAAUUAAGGAAAGGCCUAUGAUACUGUAAAAACAUGGUUUACAUUGGCUGCACAUGAAACCUGCUGUUAUAUGGUCACUUAGUAAUUAAAAGCAUUUGUUUGUAUUUACUUAAUGUAUUAAAAAUCUGUCUGGCCAUUUCAGAGUUUUAAAGGGUGAAUAUAACGAAAACAUGUCCAGUUCACAUUUCAUCCCAUAAUCAACGGGAAUAAAUUAGAAAUUAUAUUUUGCAUGGGGGGUGGGGGGAAUGCAGUAUAUUUUAGAACAUCAUCAAUUCUCAUUAAUGUAACAGGAUUUUUACUGUAAUACGUUAAUUUGUAUUUAAAAAAAAUAGGGCUUCUUUUUCCUUAAGAUAGAUAGAUAUAUAUAUAUAUAUAUAUAUAUAGAUAUAUAUAUAUAUAUAUAGAUAUAUAGAUAUAUAUUGGGUUGAAAUAUCACCCAGACAUGUUCUUAAAGGACUAUUCCGGGUUCAAUAAGAGUUAAGAUCAAUUGACAGCAUGUGUGGCAUAAUGCUGAUUACACUAAAAUUUUUCAACUCAUCCCUUGUUUAUUAAAAAACAAAAAACAAAACAUGGUGGCUACUGCAAAUGAAUUACAAUGGAAGUGAAUGGGGCCAAUCCAUAAACAUUUAAAUACACACUGUUUCAAAAGUAAAGCCACAAGACGUAAACAUUAUACAUGCUGACAUGAUUUUAGUGUGAUAAAAUCGCUUACUAACCUUAUCAAUUUAAAGUUAUAGCCAGUAUUACAACUUGGUUGCCACGACAACGCAACGGCGUAAACUCACUAAAAGUGAAUUUAUCACACUAGAUUCACAUUAAGAUGCAUAUUGUUUAUGACUUGUGGCUAUACUGUUAAAACAGUGUGUAUCUGAAUGUUUAUGGACUGGCCCCAUUCACUUCCAAUGUAAGUGCCUCACUGUAGCCACUAUUUUUAAAUAAAUAAGAGUCGAAAAUAUUUUCUGUGGUUAUCAAUAUUAUGCUACAAUUUAUGUCGAUUGAGCUUAACUUGUAUUGAACCUGGAAUAUUCCUUUAACAGGUUUCAUGAGGUUUACUCUUAGGAGACAAGUUGUUUAUGAAAGCACCUAUGCCAUGAGGGCACAAAAAAUUAUUACUUUUUCAAAGAGCUACUGUAGUCCCUAUUGUAUACAAGUACCAAUAUGUUUACGUAAUCUAUCAUGCUAGUCUGUAUCCCAUCUCACCAGUCAUGAUAGCUGUUCUUUAGUGCAUUUGUGUGGGAAUCAGAUGCUGUUGGAAUGUUAACUCCUAUAUUUCCCUCAUCACAAUCUCCUGUGCCUAGGAAACACAACACUUCAAUAUCCUGCUCUUAGAAAGCUAUAUAUUUGAGCUAACAGACCAAUUUUUGUACUUUUUUUUUAUAUUGACAAUGCUUUAUGUAUCAAGUGCCUUUUUGAUAGCUUUGCAACCUUAAACUAUUAUAUGUGUGUCUUUCAAAACUGCUGUAUUCUUGUGCACAUUGAGAUGUUUCUAUGUGAAAUUAUGUGAGACAUUUAGUCAAUAAAUCACUUGCAGUC